GACCUCUAUUAUUAUCCCCCUCUCCAUGUUGUGUUUUUAUUUUUUUUAAGCUUUAUUCCUUUGUUCAGUUCAUAACAUGUCUUUAAGAUCUGUCAGUCACGCUCUUGUUAGCAGCUUAAAGCCUGUCAAUAAACUUGCCAUUGCCCCCUGUACACGUACUUACGCUACAGCAAAAAAGUCGACCCAUCCUCCUAGACGUACUUUUCUCCACAACCAAUACACUGAUGUCAUUAAAAACAACAGAGCUGUCUUCAUUUUCCAACACAACAAUUUGACAGUAAAGGAAUUCACUCAACUCCGACAAGAGCUUGGUCAAUUAGCAGGUGGAUCUGAAUCCAAGUUGCGUGUUUUACGUUCUGGUGUAUUCGGUGCUGUUUUGCGUGAGACUAAAUUUGCCAAUUUGGAACCUUUAGUUAGCGGUCCUACAUGUGCUUUAACUACAAAUGUUGCUGAUAACGAACAUCCGGAAUUAAUGAAGAAGGCCGUUGAGUUAUUAUCCAAGAACAAAAAGUUGAUGUUAUUAGGUGGUAAAUUAGACAACGUUUUAUUGAAUCAAUCCGAUGUGUUGAAGGUGGUUGAUUUGCCUUCCAUUGAUCAACUCAGAGCUCAAGUCGUCAGUGUUAUUGAAGCUCCUGCUCGUAAAUUGCUUUCUACUCUCGAACAGCCUGCUUCAGAAUUAAGCAGCGUUUUAGACAGAAGAAUUGAUUAAGAAGAAAAAUGUGUAUAAUAAUAGAAAAGGGUAUUUAUUAAUAAAGUUGAUUUAUUAUGAAACAUGCCGUAAAGGAAU